CUCACUGCUUCUUCACCGAAAAUAGGAAGCAAGGCUUUUGAAUUUGCUUUUUUUACCUAGUAACAGCAAUUACAAAUGUUAAAACAGAUGGGAAGAACAAGCCAAGCUGUGCUAAUAAUUUUGUACGUGUUAAUGACUGUUAAAGCUUUUGAAAUGGAGAUUAUACCUGCUAACAGAAUUGUUGCACAGAUUGGAGAAACACUUGUACUCACAUGCAACACUACUGGCUGUGCCUCACCAAGUUUUUCCUGGAGAACCCAGAUGGACAACCCUCUUGGAGGAACAGUGAACAACCAUAAAACAUACUCUACCUUGACUAUGAGUCCAGUUAGCGUUGUGAAUUCUCAUGAUUAUCUGUGUACUGUCUUCUGUGGUGUGAAAGAGAAAAAAGAGAAGAGUAUCAAAGUUGAAAUUUACUCUUUCCCCAGUGAUCCUGUCAUUGAGAUCAGCCCAUCCUUAGUUGCUGGAGAACGAGUCACUGUCAUCUGUAAAAUUCCUGAUGUAUAUCCUUCUGAUCACCUGGAAGUACUCCUAAAGAAAGAGGAACAUGUUCUUCAUAAGGAACAUUUUUAUGAAGGUGACAGCACAAAUACAGAGACCAAAACUGUGACAUAUUCAUUUACUCUCACGGCUGAAGAUAUUGGGAAAGAGAUUACAUGUGUGGCCUCAUUAGCAAUUGGUAACUUGGACCUUGAACCCAAAGAAAGAAUAGCUUCUCAGAAACUGAAUGCAAACUUUGGUCCACAAAAUACUAUCAUUACUGCAUCUCCAGGCAACUUCCUAAUGGAAGGAGACCCUCUAAAUCUCACUUGUGUGACUGAGAGUAAUCCACCACCACAAAUAACGUGGAGAAAACAUCUGGCUGAUGAAAGCAUUCAGCAUCUGAUAGAACACAAUGUCCUUUCUAUUCCCCAUGCCCAUUUCACUGAUUCAGGACUGUACACCUGUGAAGUAAUUAAUCUGGUAACUAAUAAAACAGAGAAAGCAACUGUGGACAUUGUUAUACAAGGUGCUCCAAACAUUGUAGAACUCUCCAUUGAGCCUUCUACAACAGUUCAAGAAGGAGAAAAUGUUUCCAUACAAUGUUCUGCUGAGAGUUACCCUCCUCCCAAGAUUAUUUUAAGGAGAAAAUCUGACAGUGCAGACAUGAGGCCUUACAGUGAGGGGACAAUUCUCCUUCUUCCAUCUGUAACAUUCCUAAAUGGAGGAGACUAUGAAUGCGUAGCAGAAAAUAAGUUUGGGAAAAGUAAAAGUGAAACAACGCUUAAUGUGGAAUAUGGACCGAAGAAUACAAUGAUCUCUGUUAUCCCUGCUACUGCUGUUAAAGAAGGAGAAACUGUGACGAUGAAAUGUACUAGUUCUGGUAAUCCGGCUCCAGUGAUCUCUUGGAAGAAAAAGAAGGCCACCGGGGAGUCUGAGAAAAUUUUUAAAGAUGCAACUUUAACUAUACAGAACAUAAAAAGUCAAGAUCUGGGGCUUUAUGAAUGUGAAGCUUAUAACCAAUUUGGCAAAGAAGAAAAAGCUGUGAAAUUACUUGUUCAAGUUCCUCCCCAAAAUAUUACUGUGUUAGUAUAUCCAUCAGAAAAUGUUAAAGAAGGAGAAAAUGUCACUAUUACAUGUAGCACAUACAGUAACCCACCAUCACAGAUGGUCCUGAAAAAAGUCCAUCAGGAAAAAGAAAUUAUUCUGCCAUCAGUGAAUGGAACCUUUAUACUCUACAACGUCACCAAAAAUGAUACAGGCAGAUAUUUGCUUGAUGUUUUCAAUGAGGUUGGAAACAGCAUCAAAGUGAUUGAGAUAGCUGUUGUAGGUAGGAAGAUUGGAAAAAACAGAUCAAAUGAUACCACUGAUUAUUGCAUUCUCCUGUGUAACAGCAAUAGCAGUACCUGUAGUUGCAAUUUUGAUCUACGUGUCAAGAAAAGCAAAGAUAAAUGGAUCCUACAGUCUUGUAAAAGCACUCAGGCUGAAAGUGUGAUCACAUGAAUAUAAGUCCAAGUUCACAAUAAGCAAUGUUAUUUAUUGUUGUGACUGGCUCUACUCUUCUAUAACAUAUGGUAACAAACAAGUGACUUAACACCACCAUGUGAUAGCAAAUGGGGUUGUUUUUUCAUGUUUUGAUAAGUAUUUCAGUAUUUAAUUUAAAGAGAAAGCUAGCAUCCUGUCCUAGAAAUUGGUAAAUCACUUCUGUGUUGAAGCAUGCUGAACAAAGAGUUCCUUGGAGAACUAGGUUUGUACAUAGUGUAUAAUUUGUGUUAUAAAUAUGUUCAACUGAAUAUCAGUUUGUAAAAUUGCAGUCUUACUGCAACUGUACAGAGAAAUGUUGUUAAUUCAAAGAUAUAACUCAGUAUUACUUGAGCUGAUAAGA